AAGCUCUGAUAAAUAAAAACAUACAGUAUUUAUUAGGCAACUAGUUAGAAAUUCGGGGACUAAUCAAAAAGACUUUUGAGCAAAAUGUUGUCUCGUCUACUAAAAGAGCAUCAGACGAAGCAGAAUGAGCGGAAGGAGACGCAGGAGAGGCGCAGACGAGAAGCGAUUGCUGCAGCCACCUGUCUGACAGAAGCCCUGGUAGACCACCUGAACGUCGGUGUGGCUCAGGCAUACAUAAACCAACGCAAACUGGACCAUGAGGUGAAGACUCUCCAAGUGCAGGCAAGCCAGUUCUCCAAGCAGACGGCUCAGUGGAUCAGCAUGGUGGAGGGUUUCAACCAGGCCUUAAAGGAAAUCGGGGAUGUGGAGAACUGGGCCCGCAGUAUCGAGAUGGACAUGAGGACAAUCGCCACAGCCCUGGAGUACGUACAUAAGGGUCACCUUCAGACUACUUGCUCAUAGACGUCACAAUUUGCUCGUGUGGCGGUCAUUUAUGGCUCAAAGUCACUACACUGGAGCAGAGCACAAAUCCAGUAUGGUUUAAGUUAAUCUGCAAAGAAAGGACUUGGCUUGUCUGCACGCCCCUCUCACUGGGCCGAAGCAGACACUUACUUUGCUCAGAUGAACAGCAGCAGGUCAUUGCUUUUGACAAUAUCAGACAAGAUUUAUAAGUUUUUGCAUUAGCAACUGUACUGAUAAGAGUAAGUGCCCAGCAAAGCUGAAGAUGAAUAAAGCCUAGUUCUAACAUUUUUUUUUAUGAAGUAUCGAUGCCUUCAUGUAACAGUUUUUUUUUUCAUCAGUAAAUAGGGGAAGGUGGUAAUUUGUCACAAAUUGAAUUAAAAAUAUAUUAUUCAAUUUGUCAUGGCUUUGUUUGCCACACCUAUGCAUGUCUGUGCUUAUGCUUCACUUCUCUGCAUAGAGUGAGCUGUGUGCUGUUUCUGUUCUUGCCAUGAAGUGGUGGAAUAUUCUUUUUUUCUUUUUUUAAUAAAGUUGAAUGAAAAUGCG